UACCACCUUCUCCUUCUUUCAUUAUAAUUAAAACCCUCUUCUCAUUUUCUUUGCCUCCACUCUCUCUUUAACUCUUUCACUUCAUUUCUCUCUCUAAAAAAAAAAACUCUCAUUUUCUCUCUCCUAAACAAGAAUUACAGAGUACUCUGUUUUUUUCCCCUGUUUUUCAAGCUGGCGAUCGUUAAUCAAGAAUCUGCUGUUCGUGAGAUUAAACCCAAGAAUCGUAGAAUCAUGGGUGCUGGGGGUCCAGAAGAUGAAGAUUUUACUCGAUGGCCGCCAUGGUUGAAACCUUUACUUCGUGAGAAGUUCUUUGUUCAAUGCCAAUUUCACGCUGAUUCUCACAAAAGUGAAUGUAAUAUGUAUUGUUUGGACUGUAUGAAUGGCGCUCUCUGUUCACUCUGUCUCUCUCAUCACCACGACCACCGUGCUAUUCAGAUUCGAAGGUCUUCAUAUCAUGAUGUGAUUCGAGUGUCUGAAAUUCAGAAAGUGUUGGAUAUAAGUGGAGUUCAGACGUACAUUAUCAACAGUGCUAGAGUUGUGUUCCUAAAUGAAAGGCCACAACCUAGGCCUGGUAAAGGUGUCACCAACACAUGCCAAGUUUGUGAACGCAGCCUUCUUGAUUCCUUCCGUUUUUGCUCUCUUGGUUGUAAGAUUGUGGGAACUUCAAAGAAUUUCCAGAAGAAUAAGAAAAUCAAACGGGCAAUGGGGUCAGAUUCUGAGGACUCGUGUAGCACGACGAGCACGACCACGAGCCACCACCACUCCCCCCGCCGUGGUAGAAAUGAGAUGAUGAUGGACAGCCACAACAACUACAACAACUACAACAACAACAACAAAGUGGUGCAAAGUUUUAGUCCAUCAACACCACCUCCAACAGCAGCUAGUUACAGGACAGCCAAGCGAAGAAAGGGUAUUCCACAUAGAGCUCCUUUUGGUGGACUAAUAAUAGAAUAUUAAAACUAGCUUUUAAGUCCUUAGUCUCUAAGAUAAUUACUCUAUAUAUCCCUUUUUUAUACUUGAACUAGUUUUUCCAUAGUGGUCCACAUUCCUAACGCAUUGUGCUUUUUAAAAGCCAGUGUUAGGUGAUCUUAUAAAAUCACCCCCCUUCUCUAUAUGUAUAUAUAACAAUGAUGCAAUAGAAAGUUGGAAAUAUAUGGAUAGAAAUGCAAAUAAAUAAGAAGGAAAAAAAAAUAAAAAAAUUAAGUACUUGUGUGUAAAGAAAAUAGGUGCAAAUGUGCAAUGGUAAUAAAAGUUGGGUAGAAAAUUGUAAACUACUAUAUAGGUAUUGCAAAUUAGUAUGCCUGUUUUAUUUUUAGCUUAUAUGGUGGAAAGUUAGGAAGAAAUGUACAUAUUUUUGUUGUUUUUGUCUUGAAAAAGAUGGGAAAUAUGUACUUAUCUAUAUGUUGCUUGUAUAUACAUGGAAUUAUGGAAAAUAUUGAAUUUCUCUCUUUAUGUUUUGA